CCUCAAAAAUUGGAGCUUGGCGCCAUCAGCGAGAGAGAAAGAGUGAAAAGAGGGCUGAGUGAGAGAGAUUCCGAAGCAAUUUUCGUUUUUCGGCGGCGAAGAUGACUGAUAUAACAUCUGCGAUGGACAUUGACGUAGACGAAAAUCAUUCUCGCAAGCCGAGUAACAAGGGCAAAGACAUCGCCGGUUUUGGUGGUCCGCCGCAGAGUAAGGCGACGCCUUGGGUCGAGAAGUAUCGACCUCAGUCGCUAGAUGAUGUCGCAGCACAUCGUGACAUUAUUGAUACGAUUGAUAGGCUGACCAAUGAGAACAAACUGCCCCAUCUUCUGUUGUAUGGUCCUCCCGGUACAGGCAAAACAUCGACCAUUCUAGCGGUUGCCAGGAAACUGUAUGGACCAAAGUACCGUAAUAUGAUUCUUGAACUGAACGCCUCAGAUGAUAGAGGAAUUGAUGUUGUAAGGCAGCAGAUUCAAGAUUUCGCUAGCACGCAGAGCUUCUCACUAGGAAAGUCUUCGGUUAAGUUGGUUCUGCUAGAUGAAGCAGAUGCCAUGACAAAAGACGCUCAGUUUGCUCUGCGUAGAGUGAUUGAGAAAUACACGAAGAGUACUAGGUUUGCGCUCAUUGGAAACCAUGUCAAUAAGAUCAUCCCAGCUCUACAGUCCAGAUGUACCCGAUUUAGAUUUGCCCCUCUUGAUCCUGUUCAUGUGAGUCAACGUCUUAAACAUGUCAUCGAAGCUGAAGGGCUUGAUGUAAGUGAGAGUGGUUUGGCGGCUCUUGUACGGCUGAGCAAUGGAGACAUGCGAAAAGCCAUGAACAUUUUGCAGUCAACGAAUAUGGCGUCAGAGAAAAUUACAGAGGAAGAGGUUUACCUCUGCACUGGAAACCCACUACCCAUGGACAUUGAGCAGAUAUCUCACUGGCUUCUGAAUGAACCAUUUGCUGAGAGCUACAAAAAUAUAUCAGAGAUGAAGACGAGAAAAGGACUUGCCAUUGUUGAUAUCGUCAGAGAGGUUACCAUGUUUGUUUUUAAGAUCAGCAUGCCAUCAAAUGUCAGAGUUCAACUGAUAAACGAUUUGGCAGACAUCGAGUACAGAUUGAGUUUUGGAUGCAACGACAAACUGCAGCUUGGAGCUAUUAUUUCUACUUUCACACACGCCCGGUCUGCCUUGGUUGCUGCAGCAAAGUAAACACUCUGUGUUUUUUUUUUUACCCGCAGUAGCUUUGUAUGAGUUGGUUUUUAACUCAACAAAACAAGAAUGUUUUACCUCGGUGAUGUCUGCUUAUUUUGAAAGUUUCAAUUCCUCGAUCAAAAUGUAUUCUACUUUAUUAAUGAACAAAACGAGUAACAUACUUAGAGAAAAA